AUGGCGAGGCCUUUCCCCAGCUCAAUAGUUACCGUCCCGGCAGCCAUGCACAAGCUCAACUUCUUACCCGGCCCAGUUACCUUCUUGAUAGCCUUGACAGCGCUUCUCUCUUUAUUUUCCUUGGUAACUUUCCUCUGCGGCUCAGCUCAUGGUGGCAACCGCAGAACUGCCAGGCUGGGCGGCCAAAAGAAGCCAGUGAUCGAGAAAAUGAGGAGCAAGGCGGUUUUGAUGGCUAAGAUGAUUUCUUGGAGGAAGGUUCAGGAUGAGGGCGAAGCAGAGGAUUCUGACUCUGGGAAGGAAGAGGAUGCGGACGGUGUCGUUUGGAAGAAGACGAUUAUCAAGGGAGAAAAGUGCCGCCCCAUUGAUUUUUCCGGCAAGAUCUUGUAUGAUGCUGACGGGAACCUUCUCACGGACGACUAA